AUGGCCCUGCAGCCAGCGGCAUCCAACUGGAAACCCAGCAGGAGGAAGGAGGUCACGGUGUUUGUCGCCCCCAGGGAGAAGGCGCUGACCCUCACGGGAAACCAGGGCAUCGAGGCUGCCAUGGACUGGCUGAUGGAGCACGAGGAGGACCCCGAUGUGGACGAGCCUCUAGUGCCUCCCCUGGGACACGUCCUGGGCGCGGAACCCAGCUCUUCGGAGCCCAGUGGCCCUGAAGGACCGGGGUCCACUGCGGAAGAGAAGCCGGGCCUGAGUGAAGAGGAGAGGCAGGAGCAGACCAAGAGGAUGCUGGAGCUGAUGGCCCAGAAGCAGCGGGAGCGUGGAGAGAGGGAGGAGCGCGAGGCGUUGGAACGGGAACGGCAGCGCCGGAGGCAGGGCCAGGAGUUGUCGGCCGCCCGGCAGCGGCUGCAGGAAGACGAGAUGCGCCGGGCCGCGGAGGAGCGGAGGCGGGAGAAGGCCGAAGAGCUGGCGGCCAGGCAAAGGGUUCGCGAAAAGAUUGAGCGGGAUAAAGCCGAGCGCGCCCAGAAGUAUGGCGGUGCGGUGGCCUCUCAGCCUGCCACAGAGCCGGGGCCUGUUCCCUCUUCCCCCAGCCAGGAGCCUCCCGCCAAGCGGGAGUAUGACCAGUGUCGCAUCCAGGUCAGACUGCCCGACGGGACCUCGCUGACCCAGACGUUUCGUGCCAGGGAACAGCUGGCUGCGGUGAGGCUGUACGUGGAGCUCCAUCGGGGGGAGGAGCCUGGAGGGGACCAGGACCCUGUGCAGUUGCUCAGCGGCUUCCCCCGGAGGGCCUUCUCCGAAGCCGACAUGGAGCGCCCUCUCCAGGACCUGGGACUUGUGCCUUCUGCCGUCCUCAUUGUGGCCAAAAAAUGUCCCAGUUGAGGAGACUUUGUCCCACCACCCACCCCUCUGACCUCUUCAUGUUUGAUAAAGCACUGACACCCUCUUCCUAAUAAACAGACGCUCUGAUUGCUGCA